ACAAUUUAAAAUACGAGACAUGCUUCUCCCUAUAGGCAUUAAAGAAAUCUUCUAUGUUUGCCGACACCAGGGAAUGGGAUAGGGGCACUUUAUAUACACCGGCAGCAUAAGGUCACUCUCUCAAUCUGAAGUGAUUUAACAUACCUCUCCUUUUAGAAGUCCCUCAAACCGGAAAUGGAGCUCAGCUCAGUUGCAAUUUCUUUUGGGUUCCUUACUGUGCUCAUAAGCUGUUUAUGGAGGCUACUGAAUUGGGUGUGGCUGAGACCGAAGAGGUUAGAGAGAUGCCUUAGAGAGCAAGGCCUGGCUGGGAAUUCGUAUAGGCUAUUACAAGGGGACUCCAAAGAGAUGUCCAGGAUGAUGAAGGAAGCAUAUUCAAGACCCAUCAGCCUCUCCGAUGAUAUCGUUCAGCGUGUUCUGCCCUUCCAUUGUCAUUUCAUUAAGAAAUAUGGUAAAAAUUUCUUUACAUGGGUGGGUCCAAGUCUAAGGGUAAACAUUAUGGAGCCUGAGCUAAUGAGGGAUGUUUUGUUGAAGUCCAAUAUCUUUCAAAAGACACCCUCACACCCGUUGGUCAAGUUGCUGGUUUCUGGUCUAGUGGCCUUGGAAGGUGAACAAUGGGCCAAACGUAGAAAGAUCAUCAACCCAGCUUUCCAUCCAGAAAAGCUGAAGAAUAUGUUACCGGCAUUUCAUUUGAGUUGUAGCGACAUGGUGAACAAAUGGAAGAAGCUUUUGGUGGAGGGAUCAUGUGUGUAACGACCCGCUCCCAACCGUAUAGAUAUUGUCCGCUUUAGACCUAAAGGGG